AUGACCUCCACCGGAGGAAUCACAGGAGAAACCUCAGGAGGCUUCCUCCCCCCAACCCUCCCAUCCCCGGCCCCCUCCACCCCACGACCAAGCACGCCCUCCCUCCUCCCCAAACCGCGAACGCAUCCUCUGCGCGCAGGGUCCGCCAAAGAAGCAACCGUGAUUAAUCACAUCGAUACGACAUUACUGAAGAUUUCGCGUCGGCACGCAAAGAAAUUCAGUAGUGCUUAUUACAAGCCUACUGAUGAUGGUGAUGGAUUCAACUCCAAUGCGAGGGGUUAUUCCCCGGAGUCGUUCGAACCUCGGAGAGAGGGAGAAGGAGAGGUGCAGGGCUAUGAAAGCUUCAAGGAAGUAGCGAGGGAUUUGGAGGGUUUGGUGGAUGUGCUUUGGGUUAGUGGGACGCCAUCCCUCCAAAUCCCCUACCUCAUCUCCCUAGCCAUCCAAGUCAACUCCUAUCUGCCCGAGUAUCCCUUCUCAGCGGCGCCUACGUUCCGCUUACUGCGGAAGUUGGAUGAGGUGUUUGCGGAGCUUUUAGGUGGUGGUAGUAGUGGUAACGGGGAGAAGAAGAGUGUGGUGUCUAUGACGGAGAAGGUGCGGAUUAAGAGUAUUGCGGAGUCGUGUCGGGUGUUGGUUGUUGAGAAGAGAGAGAAGGAGAUUGAGGAUGCUAAUGGGGCAGAGGAGGAUGAUUAUGAUGAGGAUGAGGAUGAAGAGUUCGAGGAUGUCUAUGGGGAUGCGAAUAAAUUGGAGGAUUAUAUGCCUGUUCCUGGGAAGUGGGAGAUGGAGACGGCGAAGGUUUAUGAGAGGACGAUUCAGUUGUUGGGCGAUGAGUUGGGGAAUGUGGGUGAGUUUUGUGAUGAGGAUUUGGCCGCGGGGGAUGGAGGGGUUUGUGAUACGGGGGAUUUUGUGGUUGAGUUGGAGGAUGAUGAUAAUGAUGAUUGA